CAGUUCCUUGAACAUGGAGCUGCCUUGGACAGCACUCUUCCUGAGUACUGUCCUCCUGGGUCUUUCAUGCCAGGGGUCUGACUGGGAAUCUGACAGAAAUUUUAUUUCAGCCACUGGUCCUCUAACAAAUGACUUAAUACGUAGCCUGAGCCUUCCACCGGGAAACCAGGGCUCUGGUGUAGCUGGUAACACCGACAUCUAUACCUGCCAGCAGCCAUUGCCCUCUUUCUUGCCUCAGUACUUCAGCAGUCUCCGUGCCAGUCAGGUCACCCAUUACAAAGUACUUCUGUCGUGGGCACAACUUCUCCCAACAGGAAGCUCCAAGAAUCCAGACCAGGAAGCAGUGCGGUGCUACAGACAACUCCUCCAGUCCCUGAAGGCCGCCCAGCUUCAGCCCAUGGUGGUCCUGUGUCCCCAGGCCCCACCCACCAGCAGCAGCAUCCAGCAAGACGGGGUCUUUGCUGACCUCUUUGCCGACUAUGCCACAUUCGCUUUCCAGACUUUUGGGGACCUUGUUGAGAUCUGGUUCACCUUCAGUGACUUGGAGAAAGUGAUCAUGGACCUUCCCCAAGAUUCAAAAGCCUCUGGUCUCCAAACGCUCAGCAAUGCCCACAGGAAAGCCUUUGACAUUUACCACAGAAAAUACUCUUCUCAGGGAGGAAAACUGUCUGUGGUCCUGAAGGCUGAAGACAUCCCUGAGCUGCUAGACCCAUCCUUGGCUGCACUCACCAAGGACUCGGUGGAUUUCCUCUCUCUUGAUCUGUCUUAUGACUGCCAAAGUGUGGGGACGCUACCUCAGAAGCUGAGUGAGGUGCAGAAUAUGGAGCCAAAAAUGAAGGUUUUCAUCUACACCCUGAAACCUCAGGACUGCCCGUCCACGGGGAAGAGCCCCUCCUCACUGCUCUUCAGCCUCCUGGAAGCCAUAAAUAAAGACCAAGUACACACUGUUGGGCUUGACAUCAGUGCACUCCUGAGCUGUCCGUCCAAUUCUGAGGAGAGCCCGUCUUGUUCUCUAACUGACAGCCUGGCCCUUCACACUGAGCAGCAUCAUGCGGCCGCUGUUGCGCCCUCAUCGCCUGUAUCCACCUACCAGAGAGUCUGGGCAGCCUUUGCUAACCAGUCGAGGGCAGAAAGGGAUGCCUUCCUGCAAGAUGUGUUUCCAGAAGGAUUCCUCUGGGGGGUGUCCACAGGAGCCUUUAGUGUGGAAGGAGGCUGGGCCGAAGGUGGCAGAGGGCCGAGCAUCUGGGACCACUACAGUAACCAGAAUGUUGCCAACGGCCAAGUGACAGCAAAGGUGGCCAGUGACAGUUACCACAAACCAGCCUCUGAUGUCGCCCUGCUCCGAGGCCUCAGGGCUGGGGUGUACAAAUUCUCCAUCUCCUGGUCCCGGCUCUUCCCCAAUGGGCAGAAAAGCAGCCCCAACCUCCAAGGUGUGGCCUACUACAACAAGCUGAUAAACAGCCUGCUGGACUCAAACAUUCAGCCCAUGGCUACACUGUUCCACUGGGACCUGCCUCAGGCCCUGCAGGAGCAAGGCGGCUGGCAGAGCGAGAGUGUGGUGGAUGCCUUCCUGAGCUAUGCAGCAUUCUGCUUCUCCACUUUUGGGGACCGUGUGAAGCUGUGGGUGACCUUCCAUGAGCCUUGGGUGAUAAGCUACGCGGGCUAUGGCACUGGGCAGCACGCACCAGCCAUCUCUGACCCAGGAGUGGCUUCUUUUAAGGUGGCUCACUCGAUCCUCAAGGCACACGCCAGAACCUGGCACCUCUAUGACCGCCACCAUCGCCAACAGCAGCAGGGGCGCGUGGGCAUCGUGCUCAACUCAGACUGGGCCGAGCCCCUGCGUGGGGACAGCCCCCGGGACCGCGCGGCCGCCGAGCGCUUCCUGCACUUCAUGCUGGGCUGGUUCGCGCACCCCCUCUUUGUGGAUGGCGACUACCCCGCUGCCCUCCGGGCCCGGGUCCAGCAGGUAAACCGGCAGUGCGGCCGCGCUCUGGCCCAGCUCCCGGAGUUCAGCGCCGAGGAGAAGCGGCUGCUGAGAGGCUCCGCGGACUUCCUGGGUCUGUCCCACUACACGUCCCGCCUCGUCGGCGAGGCCGCGCCGCAGGCCUGCAUCCCCAGCUAUGACGCCAUCGGAGGCUUCUCCCGGCACACGGACCCCGCGUGGCCCCGGACUGCGUCUCCCUGGAUCCGGGUGGUGCCCUGGGGCAUCAGAAGGCUGCUUCGGUUUGCUUCCGCGGAGUACACCAAGGGGAGAGUCCCCAUCCUCCUGGCUGGGAAUGGCGCGCCGACAGGGGAAGGAGCAGACCUCCUGGAUGACUCCGCCAGAGUCACCUACUUCAACCUGUACAUCAACGAGGUGCUCAAGGCUGUCAAGAAGGAUCUGGUGGAUGUCCGUUCCUACAUUGCCCGGUCUCUCAUUGACGGCUUUGAAGGACCCUCAGGCUACAGCCAGAGGUUUGGGCUGUACCAUGUCAAUUUCAACGACAGCAGCAGGCCAAGAACUCCCAGGAAGUCUGCCUACUUCUUCACCAGCAUCAUCGAAAAGAACGGUUUCCUCGCCAAGAAAGUAAAACGAAACCCAGUGCCUGUGAGAGCAGACUUUAUCUCCGGAACCAGAGCCACCUUCAACUUCCCAUCUGAGGUGCCCUCCAAGGCCAAAAUAGUGUGGGAGAAGUUCUCCAACCAGCCCAAGUUUGAAAGAGACUUGUUCUAUCACGGCACAUUCCGGGAUGACUUCCUCUGGGGUGUAUCCUCUUCGGCCUAUCAAAUCGAAGGAGGUUGGGAUGCGGAUGGCAAAGGCCCCAGCAUCUGGGACAACUUCACCCACACCCCGGGGAACGGUGUGAAAGACAAUGCCACUGGGGACAUAGCGUGUGACAGCUACCACCAACUGGACGCCGACCUAAACAUUCUUCGAGCCCUGAAGGUCAAGGCCUAUCGAUUUUCUAUCUCCUGGUCUCGGAUUUUCCCAACAGGAAGAAACAGUUCCAUCAACAGUCAAGGAGUUGAUUAUUACAACAGGCUGAUUAACGGCUUGGUGGAGAGCAACAUCUUCCCCAUAGUGACCCUGUUUCACUGGGACCUGCCCCAGGCACUGCAGGAUGUUGGAGGCUGGUCAAACCCUGCCUUGAUUGAUUUGUUCAGCAGCUAUGCGGACUUCUGUUUUAAGACCUUUGGUGACAGAGUCAAGUUCUGGAUAACCUUUAACGAGCCCUGGUUUCAGGUGGUGUUCGGCUAUAGUUCAGGGAUAUUUCCUCCAAACGUGCAGGAGCCGGGCUGGGAGCCUUAUAGGAUUGGCCACGCAGUCCUUAAGGCUCACGCUAGAGCCUAUCACACUUACGAUGAGAAAUACAGGCAGGAGCAGAAGGGGGUCAUCUCACUGAGCCUCAACACCCCCUGGGUGGAGCCCAAGGACCCAGGGCUCCAAAGAGACGUGGAGGCCGCCGACCGGAUGCUGCAGUUUACCCUGGGCUGGUUUGCCCAUCCAAUUUUUAGAAACGGGGACUAUCCAGAUGUCAUGAAAUGGAACGUGGGGAACAGGAGUGAGCUGCAGCGCCUGGCCGACUCCCGCCUGCCCAGCUUCACGGAAGAGGAGAAGAAUUACAUCAGGGGCACUGCUGACGUCUUCUGCCUCAACGCCUACACUUCCGUAUUUGCGCAACAUAGCACUCCUCGGCUGAAGCCGCCCAGCUAUGAUAAUGACCGGGAGCUGAAGGAGAUCAAGAUGGACUCUUCCUCAUCCAUCACCGCAAUGCACCCAGCCGUCCCCUGGGGGAUGCGGAGGCUGCUGAACUGGAUCAAGGAGGAGUAUGGCAGCAUUCCUAUUUACAUCACGGAGAAUGGACAGGGCCUGGAAAACCCCACGCUGGAUGACUGGGAGAGGAUAUUCUACCACAAAACCUAUAUCAACGAGGCUCUGAAAGCCUACAGGCUGGACGGCGUGGACCUGCGAGGGUACGCGGCCUGGUCACUGAUGGACAACUUCGAGUGGCUGAAUGGCUACAGCAUCAGAUUUGGACUGUAUCACGUUGACUUUGAGCACGCGAGUCGACCUCGAACAGCUAGAGCCUCGGCCAGAUACUACACAGACGUCAUCACUAAGAACGGCAUGCCCCUGGCCCCGGAGGACGACUUCCUGUACGGAGAGUUUCCCAAGGGCUUCAUCUGGAGUGCGGCUUCCGCUGCGUAUCAGGUUGAAGGUGCAUGGAGAGCAGACGGCAAAGGACUCAGUAUCUGGGACACAUUUUCCCACACACCGCUGAAGAUUGGGAAUGAUGACAAUGGAGACGUGGCAUGCGACAGUUACCACAAGAUUGCUGAGGAUGUGGUGGCCCUUCAGAAUCUGGGUGUGUCCCACUAUCGCUUCUCCAUCUCCUGGUCUAGAAUCCUCCCGGACGGAACCACCAAGUUCAUCAAUGAAGCAGGCCUCAACUACUAUGUCCAGUUCAUAGAUGCGCUGCUGGCUGCUGGCAUCAUACCACAGGUGACCAUGUAUCACUGGGACCUGCCCCAGGCCCUGCAAGACACCGGAGGCUGGGAGAAUGAGGCAAUCGUGCAGCUGUUUAAGGAGUACGCGGAUGUGCUCUUCCAGAGGCUGGGGGACAAGGUGAAGUUCUGGAUCACACUGAAUGAGCCCUUCGUCAUUGCUGCCCAUGGCUAUGGCACUGGGGUGUCUGCUCCAGGGAUCUCCUUCAGGCCUGGCACGGCUCCAUACAUUGCUGGCCACAACCUAAUAAAGGCUCAUGCCGAGGCCUGGCACCUCUACAACGACAAGUACCGCCGCAGCCAGGGAGGCGUGAUCUCCAUCACCAUCAGCAGUGACUGGGCUGAGCCCAGGGAUCCCUCCAGACAGGAGGAUGUGGAGGCUGCCAGGAGAUAUGUGCAGUUUAUGGGAGGCUGGUUUGCACACCCCAUCUUCAAAAAUGGAGAUUAUCCAGAGGUGAUGAAGACCCGGAUCCUUGAGAGGAGCCUGGCGGCUGGCCUCAACAAGUCCAGGCUCCCUGAGUUUACAGAGAGCGAGAAGAGGAGGAUCAAUGGCACCUUUGACUUCUUUGGGUUCAAUCACUACACUACUGUCCUGGCCUACAACCUCAACUACGCCACUGCCAUCACUUCCUUUGAUGCGGACAGGGGAGUGGCCUCCGUUACAGACCGCUCUUGGCCAGACUCCGGCUCCUUCUGGCUGAAGAUGACCCCUUUUGGCUUCCGGAGGAUCUUGAACUGGCUGAAGGAGGAGUACAACAACCCUCCAAUUUAUGUCACAGAGAAUGGAGUGUCUAGACGGGGAAACCCAGAACUCAACGACACGGACAGAAUCUACUACCUCCGCAGCUACAUCAAUGAGGCCCUCAAGGCGGUGCAGGAUAAGGUGGACCUUCGAGGAUACACAGUGUGGAGCGUGAUGGACAACUUCGAAUGGGCCACAGGCUUUGCAGAGAGGUUUGGUGUGCACUUUGUGAACCGCUCUGACCCUUCUCUGCCAAGAAUCCCCAAGGCAUCGGCCAAGUUCUAUGCCUCUGUAGUCCGCUGCAAUGGCUUUCCUGACCCUGCUCAAGGACCUCAUCCUUGUCUCCACCAACCAGCAGAUGCUGGACCGACCGCCAGCCCUGUGAACGCAGAAGUGCCCUUCCUGGGGCUGAUGCUGGGCGUCACAGAAGCACAGACGGCGCUGUAUGUGCUCUUCGCGCUUCUGCUACUUGGAGUUUGUAGCUUGGCAUUUCUGUUAUACAAAUACUGCAAGCACUCCAAGCAAGGGAAAACACAGUCAAGCCAACACAACCUGAGUCUGUCACAAUUCUGACAAGUGACCACCUCCUCAAGUUGUGCAGCCUUGUUUCUUUAGAUAGGUAUGCGAGCACCAGACCCCUCCCCACAGUGGACUUCUUCAUCAAGGCUUUCUGCACUGUUGGAGAUAACUCAUCUUGAAGCUUUUCAAGUUCCCAACUGAAAUGAGAGCAUCUUCAGUACUGGGAAUUUCCCUGUGGGCUCUGAGAAGGCUGCAUGGCGCCCUGUGCGAACGUAGAGGUUGAAGUGUCUAGCGAUCCUGUGUGCUCAUUUCGGUGUUUGAUGGCAGACUCCUAGGAGCGCAGACUUCCUUUGACAAGAAAGCAGAUUCUGACCCCUCUUGCAGCUCCCUCCCUUUCUGCCUAUGUAGAAUAAAACCAUGAAAAUAGAGACUGUGGACUAUAUCCUGCUGUGGCUGCCUCCUGAGACAGAAGUGGGAAUGCAUGAAGCUACACGAAGCAUUUCCAAAUCCAGACCAUGGCUGCUCGCUUCCAUCCCUUGGGGCGUUUAUUCUGUCUCCCUUGUCAACUUUUACGCCACUCACGGCUCUCCUGAAAUCAGAUACUGACAGCAGGCCCUGAGGACAGCAGGCCCUGAGUGGUGGCUUGAAGGCCCAAAUGAUCUGACCCUGGCCUGUGGAGCUCGUUUCCCUUCCUCUUCUGUCUGUGGUGGUUCUCGUGUGUAGGUAGACCAUCCUAUGACCGUCCUAUGUUUCCUUUCUUCCAUUUUUGAUCACUGCUGUUUCUUUCUGUGAAGCCUUUCUGAAAACACCAUCUAAUUCCAGCUCAGGUACCACUCUCCUCUGGGACCUCUCCUUCCACUUUACAGGCUACAUUGUCCUGGAAUUUUAUUUCUCUCUGCUACAAGUUUCUUGGGGCCAAUGACUAUGACUGUCUUUGGCCAGCACAUUUUGGAGAUAGAAAUGGAAAGUAUAGCUGCUCCUUUGUUUAUCCAUUUACAAAACACAACACACACUAAUGGGAGAUGAAGAUAUAGCCUUUAGCAACUCUUGAGCAUACUACGGAACAAUCACAACGGAAAGCACUUAAAAAAUUCACUUGUUCCAUAACAUUUUUAGGUAGCUGGGAAAUGAUUACUAAAUAAAUAAUUAAAAAAUUU